AGAAAAAGAAAUAUUGGGGCGAAAAUGAAAAUCUAGAUAGAUUGACAUUCACUUCACUUCACUUCACUUCACAUUGAGAAAGGUGGAGUGGGUUUCUUCAUCUUCAACACUGAGAGAAAGCAAAGGGGUCUCUGAAAUCUCUGCCAAUAGUCCAAGGUUGUAUGGUUUUAACUGCUUAGUUUUUCGCAUCCGCAGAAGGAUAAAACUUUGCAACUUUGGUUGCAAAGUCAAUUGUUGAGUUGUGUUUCUAUGUAUGAAAGCUGGGUUUGAGUUGAGAUAGUUGUGUGUGCCUUUUGUAAGAUGGAAUCCCUUUGGAAACUUUUGUAUUUGCUAGAGCCUGCACCUGUCACACUUAUCACAACGGCUGUAGCUGUGACGUUUGGGUCUGCGUUUCGAGCUCUAAACUAUGGGAAAGAAAUGGAGCGCAAUCGUGACUUCUCUGAAGCGUCCAUUACGUUGGAUAGGUCCCAAGCGUUGAUGAUCCCGGUGAUGAGCUCUGUUAGCUUGCUUUUGAUGUUCUACUUGUUCUCAUCGGUCUCGCAGCUUCUCACGGCAUUCACUGCAGUUGCUUCUGCGUCAUCCCUUUUCUUCUGCUUAUCUCCUUAUGUUGCCUAUCUGAAGUCACAGUUUGGUUUAGCGGAUCCAUAUGUUUCACGGUGUUGCUCAAAAUCUUUCACUCGAACCCAAGGAAUGCUGUUGUUAACGUGCUCUUUUAUAGUGGCUGCUUGGCUUGUUUCUGGUCAUUGGAUACUGAACAAUUUGUUAGGCAUAUCUAUAUGCAUUGCAUUUGUAAGCCAUGUGCGUCUUCCGAACAUCAAGAUUUGUGCAAUGCUCCUUCUUUGUCUAUUCGUGUAUGACAUUUUCUGGGUUUUCUUCUCCGAAAGAUUUUUUGGGGCAAAUGUCAUGGUAACAGUGGCAACGCAGCAAGCAUCAAAUCCUGUGCACACAGUUGCUAAUAGUUUAAGUCUUCCAGGGUUGCAAUUGAUAACAAAGAAAUUGGAGUUGCCUGUAAAGAUUGUUUUUCCAAGAAAUUUGUUGGGUGGUGUUGUACCUGGAGAGAGUGCAACAGACUUUAUGAUGCUUGGUUUAGGUGACAUGGCCAUCCCAGGCAUGCUCCUGGCUUUAGUCUUAUGCUUUGAUUAUCGCAAGAGCAGGGAUACAGUAAAUCUCUUUGAGUUAUAUUCUUCAAAGGGGCACAAAUACAUAUGGUAUGCGCUACCUGGGUAUGCCAUCGGCCUGGUAACUGCUUUGGCAGCUGGUGUCUUGACCCACUCACCUCAACCUGCACUUCUUUAUCUGGUGCCUUCUACUUUGGGACCUGUAAUUGUGAUCUCUUGGAUAAAAAAGGAGCUACUUGAGUUGUGGGAAGGAGACAUGCCAAAUCUCAAUGAUAAGGAUCGCGAAAUAGAAGUUUAGUCUAUUAACCGGUGGUUAAAUACCCGAACAGAAAGUUGUAAAUUCAUUGAGAAUCUUUAACCGUGAGACUCACCAUGAAAAGUUACAUUAAAUAUUCAUGUCUUUAUAUCUUGAUGUUUCUAUCUAAUACAACAUUCAUAAAUUAAGGAAAGAAGUUAACAAUUCAGAAA